UCAGCCCCGCCGCCCGCAGCGCCCCUCCCCCCGCGUCCCUGGACGCAGCUGCCGCCGCCCGGUCGGGGAAGGAGGGCGGGCGGCCCGCGGCUCCCGCCCCGCCGCGCCGACACCGAAGGGAGCGCUUUGACUGGCGGGCCGGUCGGCUCGCGCGGGGAGAAGAUGUCGGAGCGGCGGAGGCGGGGCGGGCGGGAAGGCGGCGGGCGGGAUGAGGCCGCUUUCUCUGCGCCGAGCAGGCGGGCGGCCGGAGCGCGGAGGGAUACGGCGCGCGGCGGUGGGAGGCGGGGCCGCGCGGGCAGCGGGAGCCGGGAAGUGGCCGAGCGGAGUGGCGCAGCGCGGAGCGGAGCGGGCAGGGCGCCCCCGGGCAGCGCGGCCCCGGUGGGGGGCGGGCGGCACCGCGACCCUCCUCCUCCUUCUCCCUGCUGCCGCUGCCCGCGGGCUCCCCGCGAGGCGUCGGAGCGCCGCUGCCAGAGCGAUCGUGGCGCCUUGGUUCGCCGCUCGGUAAGGUAACUGCCGGCCGUGCGGAGCCGCCGCGGGGCUGCGGGCACGCGUGGGCCAAAGCGGGACGAAAGCGGUACAGAUAAAUCAAGGCCUGGCCGUGGGCACCCUCUAUUUAAAAAGGCUAAAUAAAUGCAAAUGGACGAAGAUCAUAAUCCCAGCCCGGUAAGUAGGGCUGUCGCGAAGCGCAGCCAUCCGCGGUGAUGGUUUCGCGGCGCGCCGGGCCCGAGCCGCGGCCCUGCCUGCCCGCCUGCCUGCCUCCGUGCCCGGGGCUGCUGGGCCGGCCCCGAGCGCGCUCUGAUCGCUGUGUCCGGAGCUGCCCUCGUUUCGUGCGUCUCAAAAUGUCCGCGUCUCCCCUUUUGUAACAGUCCCCGUUCUGUCUUUGGGCUCCUCUUUAAAUAAACGCUUCGGCCGAAUCGAAAUGGCAAAAUUAGAUCUUCCGGCGUCUAAUAAAGGCUGAUGAAAUGAA